UUUUGUUUCUUUUCUUUUGUUUUUAUUUUAAAUAUUUGUUUGUAUAUAUUUUGUUUUUUUGUUUUGUUGUCUUUGAUCCAACUAAAUGAUCUCGGUACCGAGAGGUUCGAGCAGUUUUCGCGGAAAUCCAAGCACUGAUGAGUCGUGCGGAUGCCAAGUGGGGUGUGGGAGUAGUAAACGAAGGUUUUACAUUUCUUUCCUCCAGAGGUUUGCGACUCCCAAAGGAGCUUUGUUUUUCCUUUGUUGCGCAAGUAUUGCACAAGGUUUCAUAAUAAGUGGAUUGUUUGGGGUGAUUGUGUCAACUUUGGAAAAGAGGUUCCAUUUGCACAGUACAGAGACUGGUCUCAUAGCGAGCAGUUAUGACAUCUCAUCCUGCAUCUCGGUCCUUAUCAUCACAUAUAUUGGUGGUAGAGGCCACAAACCACUCUGGAUAGGGUGGGGUGUUUUCCUUAUGGGCAUCGGGUCCAUUGUGUUCAGCUCCCCGCAUUCCUUUGCGCCAAGUUAUGUAUACGGGGAGGAAAGUCACAAUGUUUGUAACUCAACCGUUGAACAAGGAAAAUGUAUGGAGUCAAGCUUAAAGAGUUACAUGGGUUUGUUUGUUGUUGGUCAGUUGUUACACGGGAUCGGCGGUACAACGUUAUUUACCCUCGGUGUUACAUAUCUCGAUGAAAAUGUUAAACAAGUGCAUUCGUCUUUAUAUCAUGGUAUUUAUUACUCAAGUGCCGUCCUUGGUCCAGCCGUGGGGUUUUUACUCGGGAGUCGAUUUCUUACGAUUUAUACAAAUCUGGGGGAAAUAGUUGAAAUAAACGAACCGAGUACGUUAUGGAUUGGAGCUUGGUGGUUGGGGUUUCUAGUGGGAGGCGUCAUCCUCAUCGUUCUCUCUCUACCCAUCCUCUUACUUCCUAAACAACUUCCCAACACAGAGGAUGCAAGAGUGGGAGGGAGGAUGAGAUUCAUGGGGGGAAGAGGGGAGAGGAUGGGAUGGGAGAAAAGGUUUUCCCAUAUCUGGCACAGCGUUGUUAUAUUAUUGCGCAACCCCACAUUUAUCCUCGUUACACUGGCUGCAACCAUGGAUGCAUGCUUGGUUAUUGGGUUGACCACGUUUGGACCAAAGUAUUUGGAAUCCAUGUUUGCGUUAUCACCUACUCAAGCUGCAACAUACUUUGGUAUCCUUGCCAUACUCGCAGGCGUGUCCGGACAAUUCCUCGGGGGAUUUGUCGUAACUAAAGCUCGAUUAUCCGUGCCGGGAAUCCUUAAGUUUUGUUCCAUUUGUUCGUUGAUUGCUUCGGCAACAAGUUUCAUGUUCUUUCAACAUUGCCCAGAUAUUAAAUUUGCGGGAGCCACCAUUCCAUAUAUGGGCGAAAGUAAUUUAUCCUCAACGUCCCAUGUUUCGAUGUGCAAUCAAGCGUGUAAUUGUAACAAUGACCUUUAUGACCCCGUGUGUGGGGGGGACGGGGUGACUUAUUACUCGCCAUGCUUUGCUGGGUGUGUGGGUGUAUUUGAUAAUAAGACGUACUCGGAUUGUGGUUGCAUUUCCUCGAACUUCACCCACACAGCGACACCUGGUGUUUGCACGAAUUCGACGUGCGCAACACGUGGAAUCUUCCUUUUUGUUUUCUUUAUUUCUAUCCUUUCAACCUUCUCGGCAGGAACACCUGCUGUGCAAGCCGUGUUGCGCGUCGUGCCCUUCACGCAGCGAUCGUUUGCUAUUGGGGUUAAGUUUGUGAUCCUGCGAGUCGUCGGCAGCAUCCCAGGUCCGAUAUUAUUCGGACGAGUGCUCGACCUUGCAUGCGUGGUAUGGAGUUCUGAAUGUGGAGAACAAGGUUUCUGCCGGUUGUACAAGAAUGUUACUCUGUCAUCUAACAUGGCAACUCUUAUAGUUGUGCUUAAGAGCCUUACAGUCCUUCUCUUCAUUUCCGCAUGGUUAGCGUACAAACCCCCUCCCCCUUCCCCACUCGACGAUAUCCGUAGAGACGUCGCCAUAGAUACCAUUCCCACCACACGAGGCAGUGGUGGGGGAAUAUCGGAAUUAUUACGCCAUCGACCGGAAUCGAAGUUCGAUAGUUUCACUUAUUCAAUGCUGCAGGAAGACUAUGAUUCGUGAUUGUUGAAGAUUGUUUGAAACAUGGGUAAAUUUUUGCAAGUCAAGUUUGGGGUAUUUUGGUUAACUCGUACAAUGCCUGUAUUUCAAACGAGGUCAAAACUUUAGCAGAGAUCAUUUUUGGAGUUUUUGACUUUUUAUGAAUAACUUGCCCGCAUAUAAUAACUCCUGGCGUUUUAAUCAUUUAAUUCAACAUGUGGGCCAUGUGUGACUCAUAUUAUGCCUGGUUUAUUUACAGCGAGUAGAUUUUGACUUUUCCAAUUAUUUUAAUACUUUUUUAAUCCUUUGGCCCCUAAACCGCGUUGUGAUUAUUAACUUAACAUAUGAACCAUACAGGGUACAUGAUAUACAAAUAUGUGGCAGAAAUAUGAGUUAUUUUAAUGCAAUAGUUUUCAACGGUGGGCCAAAGUAGGUUUUCAUGUAUUUUUUCCACCUAUUGUUUUGGAAUUUUAGAUUAUUUAGAAUGAUGCUGUGAUAAGACCAGGGUACUAAUGUAAACUGAAGGGUAAAAAUUCAAAAUAAGUGACAAACAAUGUAUAGUGUAUGUAGAAUGCCAAGUAUUGCACUGUUUAUAUACAUGUAGGUGAAUUGCCACAUAUUCAAAUGGUCAAAACUCAAAAAUAAAAAUUUGUUCAUUUACUCUUUAUUAGAUAUUACACUGCUGUUCACCUUUAAAAACAAUGCAUUAUUUGAAUUGUAUUUUAUUUCGGAACACUAUAUACUGACAAUCGUGUUUUGAAUUCAGUUUUAUUAUGGGACUUCACACAUAUUAUACCAUAUUAUAGGACUUCGCACUACUGUUCAUGUACCUAAAAAAAACUAUCUAAGACUUACUUUUAUAGCAGUAUAUAUAUACCGAAAUUUUGUGUUUUGAUUUUUCCUAUUAACCUACGUUAGUAAUUUGUUAAUUUGCAUAUCGUUGCCUUUAUAUUUUAUUAAUACCCAGCAUUAUUACUAUUUCUAUUGUAUUUUGAAAUGCCUCGCCUAUUCUUAAGCAUUCACAGUACUUUAUAUUGUAUUGUGGGGUAAGAUGGAUACAUUUAGCACAUAAUAUCCCAUAUUUUCGAAUCGUGUUUUUAAAAAUUAACAAAGCUCUUAAAGCCGUGACGAUACGAUAUAUAAUUAUCUAAAUAUCCUUUGUUAACUACCAAAUGAGACAGUAGGUAGAAGAGAAAAGAAAUAUCAACCAUCUUACCCCACCCUACAAUACGUUAAUUGAAUAUAUGCACUGAUUGCACUUCUGCUUAAACAGAUGCCUAUUUGUGAGUAUUUUGAUUAUACCUCAUUUUAAAUUACUAAGUGCUUGGUUCAUCACUGUUUGCAAUAAAUCACACAACAAGUGCGUUA